AUGGCAAGCACAGCGCAAGAAGAAGUUGCGCAACCGCACCAACAGCCCGAAAUCGCACAGAAUGCGGAGACCGAACAGACGCCAGUGGCAGACGUUGAGGAGAAGGACGAGGAGAUAGACGAUUUGUUUGUAGAGUCGGGAGACGAAGACAUCGUCCCAGAGCUGAUCUCAGCGGACGGCAACGACUACACGAAAGCCUACAACCGCCAGCGCAAACUGAACGACAACUCAGUACCCGGCGAUCACAAGCCAAAGUCAAACCCACAAAAGCCAUCGGCAAAUACAAGUGCAGCGAUAGACGAUCAGGUGGCCUCUCUCGCCAAACAUGCCAGCAAGAUCCGUCUCACGGAUAAGUUCUCGGGAGCGACAGGUGGCGGCGCAAGGGACAAGGACAAGGCAGACCGCGCGACAACAGAGCAGGUCUUGGACAGGAGGACCCAGAUGAUCUUGUUGCAGCUCAUCAACCGCAACACCAUCUCUGAAAUCCACGGAGUCAUAUCAACAGGAAAAGAAGCGAACGUGUACCACGCCAUCACCGAAGCCGACGAUGCAGACCCGAUUCACCGCGCCGUAAAGGUCUACAAGACCUCGAUCCUCGUAUUCAAAGAUCGAGCCAAGUACGUUGAGGGCGAGUUCAGGUUCAGGCAGGGAUACAACAAGAGCAACAACCGCGCCAUGGUGAAGAUGUGGGCGGACAAGGAGCGUAGAAACCUGGCACGUAUAUACGACUCUGGUAUACCCUCGCCAGCUCCCGUCGCUCUGAGGAACCACGUCCUGGUCAUGGAGUUUGUGGGCGACCGCAAGGGAAAAUCUGCACCACGGCUGAAGGAUGUGCGCUUUGAAGGCCUCACAAAUGAAGAAGAAGACGCAAAGUGGAACGACCUCUACAUCCAGAUGCUGACCUACAUGCGCAUCUUAUACCAGACUUGCAGACUUGUGCACGCCGAUUUGAGCGAAUACAACGUGCUAUAUCACGAAGGCAAGCAGUGGAUCAUCGAUGUAUCACAAGCUGUAGAGCACGACCAUCCACGAUCACUCGAGUUCCUGCGCAUGGAUGUCAAGAACGUGUCCGACUUCUUCCGGUCACGGAACGUCGAAGUACUGAGCGAGAGGCGAGCCUUUGGAUUCGUCACUGCUGAGGCAGGUGCCAAAGAGAUGAAAGACGAGGCCGCAAUUGGGGACUUGGUGCGAACUUUACUCGCCAACCCGCCAGCCACAGAGGAAGAAGAGAACGACGAGGUUUUCCGCCACCAAUACAUCCCCCAAACACUCAAUCAAGUGUACGACAUCGAGCGUGAUGCUGCACUCGUCAAUGCUGGUGAGGGCUCGAACUUACCUUACCAGGCUCUGCUUGCCGACAAGGUCGUGCAGCCCAACGAGUCUGAUGCAUCACAUGAGGAUGGCGAUUCAGAAGCGGGAGACUCUGACUCAUCCGAAGUCGACCAGUCAAUCUUCGAUAAGGGACCUGGAAGGGGAAAGAAGAAUAUGGACAAGGAUGAGAAGUUGGCACACAAGAAAGCAAUCAAGGAUGAGAAGCGAGAGAAGAGGAAGGACAAGAUGCCUAAGCACAUGAAGAAGAAGCUUGUGAGCCAGUCGAGUCGGAAGAAGUAAACUUGUGCAUGCAUUUGCGCUUACACGGCACCUGACGACAUCUGCAUGGGUUGGAGUUUAACAAGCACGAUUUUCCAUUCGAGUGAGAUGAGUCUCUCUGCUCUAGUGGCCUGUUCAUACAUACUACGCACGAGCGUUAUUCUUCUACAAUGAUAUACCCUUUUACACCCAA